AUGACCACUGGCGUCUGGAGAGUCCUGCUGUUGGUCAGCGUGGCCGCGGCCCUCACCCCGGCGCGGGGCCUGAGCCACCGAGAGGCCGUAAACCUCGCCCUCGACGCCUACAACAGAGGCCCGGACGUCACCCGCGCCUUCCGUGUGUUCGGCUCCGUCCCUCGGCCCAGGGCGGAUCCAUCUCCCACCACUAUCCCUCUGAACUUCACCGUGAAGGAGACGGUUUGCUUCAAGAGGGAGGGACUCAAUCCGGACAAGUGUGCCUUCAAAGACCAUGGGCUGGUGAGGGACUGUACCGGCUCCGUCUCCACGGCCCAGGAGCCCCCGGCCGUCACCAUCUCCUGCGAGGGGCCCAUCCGCACCAAGAGAUUCCUGUUUUCAAUUAUUAGGGCCGGUAUUAAAUUAGGGCGCUCUAUUGUGCACUUGAUCAAGAGAAAUAGGCGUCAGGAGCAUUAG